AUGGCACAGAGGGCCGCACUCAAUCCUGUAACAGCACAGAGGGCCACACUCAAUCCUGUAACAGCACAGAGGGCCGCACUCAAUCCUGUAACAGCACAGAGGGCCGCACUCAAUCCUGAAGUAGUAGACAUUGUAACAGCACAGAGGGCCGCACUCAAUCCUGAAGUAGUAGACAUUGUAACAGCACAGAGGGCCGCACUCAAUCCUGUAACAGCACAGAGGGCCGCACUCAAUCCUGUAACAGCACAGAGGGCCGCACUCAAUCCUGAAGUAGUAGACAUUGUAACGGCACAGAGGGCCGCACUCAAUCCUGUAACAGCACAGAGGGCCGCACUCAAUCCUGAAGUAGUAGACAUUGUAACAGCACAGAGGGCCGCACUCAAUCCUGAAGUAGUAGACAUUGUAACAGCACAGAGGGCCACACUCAAUCCUGUAACAGCACAGAGGGCCGCACUCAAUCCUGUAACAGCACAGAGGGCCGCACUCAAUCCUGUAACAGCACAGAGGGCCGCACUCAAUCCUGAAGUAGUAGACAUUGUAACAGCACAGAGGGCCGCACUCAAUCCUGAAGUAGUAGACAUUGUAACAGCACAGAGGGCCGCACUCAAUCCUGUAACAGCACAGAGGGCCACACUCAAUCCUGUAACAGCACAGAGGGCCGCACUCAAUCCUGAAGUAGUAGACAUUGUAACGGCACAGAGGGCUGCACUCAAUCCUGUAACAGCACAGAGGGCCGCACUCAAUCCUGAAGUAGUAGACAUUGUAACGGCACAGAGGGCCGCACUCAAUCCUGUAACAGCACAGAGGGCCGCACUCAAUCCUGAAGUAGUAGACAUUGUAACAGCACAGAGGGCCGCACUCAAUCCUGAAGUAGUAGUCUGUGGUAACAGCACAGAGGGCCGCACUCAAUCCUGUAACAGCACAGAGGGCUGCACUCAAUCCUGA